AUUUUGAACUUCGCUGGAAGCAUAAAAAACAAUAUUCUGUAUGCAGCUGCUGUCCGAGAAAAAAGUGCGUCGAGCAAAAGUAAUUUCUCUCGCAGUAUGCACUUCUAGCAGAUUCGUUCUCGAAGCUAAAACAGAAAAUAAAACAUGAAAUAAAAAGUGACAACCGGAAUCGAUAACGCACUGGUACAUACGCGGCGUGCAUCUAGCAGGCGUGCAUUCGUGCUUUAAUCCGAUUCUUCCAUUGUGCCAGCAGAGGUUUGCGUGCUAACUUAAUGUGCAAAAACAGUCCGGUAAGCGCCUGAAGCGUGCCGAAGAACCCAGGGGGCAACGAGUAACAAUUGAACCCACAGGCUCUGGGAUACAGCCAUCCGGCAGCACAAAAUGUCAACAUCGUCCGAAAGGGUGGAAUGGGUGGAAAUCAUCGAGCCUCGAACGAAGGAUCAUAUGUACGCCAAUUUGACCACAGGUGAAUGUGUAUGGGAUCCUCCUGAGGGUGUAACUAUCAAGCGCACAGAUGCAUCGCAGUGGUGGGAGCUGUUCGACACAAAUACCUGUCGAUUUUACUACUACAAUGUUGCCUCACAGAAAACCGUUUGGCAUCGGCCGCAGAACUGUGAUAUUAUUCCACUGGCCAAGCUACAAACACUCAAACAAAACACCGACCCUAGCGAUCGGAAGGAUGCGACACUCCCGCAUCAUCACCACCAUCACCACCAUCAUGGUACGGGCGGCAGCGGUGGCAGCACAGGAGGUCUCGCCGGGCUUGGAUCACUCGGCGGUGCAUCGAAGCUGGGUGGCAGUGGUACGGUAGGAAAAUCUUGCGGCCACCGAACGGCGACGGGCGUUACGGACUAUCGUGACAGAGACCAUCACCAUCGUAGUUCCAGCUCCGGGCAUCGUCGGGGUGGCGGUGGCGGAUUAGAUCAACGCAGCAACAGCGAACUAUUGGCCAGUCCACAGGGAAGGCACAGUCUGCAGCAUAGAUUACCACCGAAAAUCUUAACCUCUCCGCUGGCUGACGGUAGCAGCAGCCACUCCUCGAUCAGUCGACUGGAUUCGCACAAAUUUUGCAGACACGGACAACAACAGUCGAGUGGUGGUGCUGGUGGUGGCCUAGGGACCGCUGGCAUCGCCGUGCCAUCUUCUGGAUCGGUACGCGGCAGUCAGCGCUAUCCGGGCAGUUAUCAGCACGGCCAUCUUCAUGCGUCGCAACAACAACACCAACAACAGCACCAUCAGCGCUUCCACCGUCACCAUCAUCCCGAAAGUUCGCUCAAAUCCUCGGACGCAAGUCUAUCCGGUAGCUACCGGCGUCUGCACGGUGGCGUUGCUGGCAGUGUACCUGAUGCUGGCCUGAGCAGCUCGCUGCGGUACGGAAGUGGUUCCAGUGGUUAUGCUACGAAUGGCCAUAGCAGCGGUGGCGGCAGUGGUACGGGUAGUAGAAAACACAAUCCUGACAGUAGUAGCGGCUAUCGUAUGCUACAGGAAAGUUCCAGUUCUCACAACAUUCCCCACUCGGUGAUCGUCCCUUCGCCUUCCGCGUCAACGGCGGCUGUGAGUAGCAGCGAAAAGCUAGCGCUCGGUUCGUUGCAUCAUUCGUCCGCACUGCCACCGCCGCACCAGAUGCUAUCGUACUCGAUCUCCAACUCGUCGGAUCUCGCGGCUGGCAGUCUUUCGUCACCGUCACACUCGUUGAGCACGCCGCAGUUCAAAAAGAAAUUCAUGCAUGACGGUGGCUCAUCGAAAUCGUCCUCGAAGGAUGGCGGCAACCUUGUAGGCGGUGGAAUGGUAUCCAAGCACGAAAGCUUCGAUUACGGUGGCAAUCCGAGUGCAUCAUCAAUUUCGCUGACAAGAUCUGGCAGUUUUCUAUCGUCUGCGGGGAUAACGAGCGGCGUCGGAGGAGCUAUUGGUACUCCCAUUUCUUCGCGACCGUACGGGCCGUCUGGAAGCGGAGGAAGUCAUCAUUCUUCCAGCGGUUCGCACAGAAAGGGUAGCUUUGAUGGGAACGGUGGCAGUGGCAGUGCUGGAGGAGGCAUUGGAGGUAAUGUCGGAGGAGCUGCAGGAGGAGGCGGCGGUGGAGGAGGAGGAGGAGGAGGAAGCGACGAUUCGAUGCAUGAAAAAUACUUUAAAUCGGUGGAAAAUACACCCAUCACGCGAAGGCGUCACACAACGUCCUCGAAAUCGCCGUUGCAGCAGCAAAAGCAAUCAAGCGAUUCUAGUCCCCAGAGUCCCAUUAGUCCACAACAGCAGCAACAGCAGCAGCAGCAGCAGCAAGGCAAAGUGCAACGGCCGUCAGCAUUGUCGGUGGAGUUAUCUUCCGGUAGUAGUUACCAAAACAACGGCAGCAACAAAUCUAGUCAUAAAAAUAGCAAUACCAAUAGUAGCAACCCCGCAGGUGAUCAGCCCAGCGACCUGCUGUACAAUGCUGAUGCUGCGGCAGGCAAAGCGGACAAACAUCUUGAUAAGAUGAAGCACGAUCGCGGUGCCGGUAAAAUAUCUCCCGGUGCGGUGUCCAUGGGCGGGAAACAAUCUCCAUACCCGCCCAACAUUUCGGCAUCCUCGUCCUCUAGUCAUCCGAUGGAUCAAACGAGCGGAGGGAGCAGCGCUGCCAAAGGCAGCGGAGGCAAGGAUCAGUUUUCGUUGAACCUGAACCAAUCGAACCUCGACCGGCACAAUCGAGUGCACGAUCAACAACAGCAACAAACGCUGGAGAAAAAAUCGUCCGGAUCGACGCAUACUGUCGCUUCGAACAAUUCAUCCACGCACAAUGCGAAACAUGGAAAGAAGACCAAGAAUUACAACAAUCACAACAACACCGCCAGUGGCACCGGGUUCGAUUUCGAUUACGACAACGGCAAUACCUCGCCUCUGUACUGCAACUGGGACAAGAAAAUGCAGGAACAUUUGCUCCCUUUGCAACACUAUAUACUAGAGCAAGCGAAACUGUCCGGCUCCUACGGGCUGGGUGAUCUGGACUCGGAUUCAUUUCACUCCGACAGUCAAUCGGAGCAUUCAUUUUCGGGACACGAGCCGGACAAUGAGGACUCCGAUCAUUCGGACGGACAUGGUGACUAUUUGGCGCAUUAUCCUUACGAAGAGUAUGGCGCACGACAUGCCCAGGAUGGCGGUGUUUCGUACUACAACUUUGAUUUAAAUUUUGGCGAUCGAGACGAGAAAGAAGACAUAUCCGAGGAGGUUACGGCCAAAUUAGAGAGCAUGCCAGAUCAAAUAUACAGUCCAGUGAAAAAUCACCCUCCAUUGCACAAAUUUCCGUCGCCUGCAUUCCAGGGAGGAAGGCCGGGUCUUGACCCGACUGGUUUGCUGCCAGAUACCGUUGACCGUGGUCCUCCCACAGUGCCGAUGGGCAGCGGUAAUGGUACAUUUGGUUCGAAGACUUCUUACCUGCAACAGAUGGCUGCAGCCGCUGGCCAGCAUCAACAGCAACAGCAGCUGAGCGGAGGAAUGCAGCCACCGCAGCAGCAACAGCCGCCACCGCACAAACUCAACAAAGCCACACUGUUGCAACGGUUCCAGGAAAAUCUAACACUCGCAACGACGGGCGGGCCGGGAGCAGGUAGUAAUGGGAAGAUAGCCGAGAUGGCGCUGCUUAAAGAAUGUGACAUCGAGAAAUUUGCGCAGGAUAAUCUCAACCUACACUCUAAGGGCAUUUUCCGCAAGAAAUCUUCCGUGCGAGACAUGCUUAGUUGGACGUCGAACGCGAUAAGCCGUCCGAUGCUGUCGCUUGCACGGGACAAGGCGGGCAAAAAGAUGGCAACGGAUCUCUUUAAGUUGGUUCAGAUAUACAUGGGUGAUAGAAAGGCACGCUUAGGCAUGAGCCUGAACUCGGUCGCGAUAGACAUCGUGACGAUGGCGAUGGGUCAGGCACAGUUGCGGGACGAGCUGUACAUUCAGAUCUGCCGUCAGACGACGGAGAAUCAGUGUCGAGAAUCGCUGAUUCGAGGCUGGGAGCUGAUGGCAAUCUGCCUGUCGUUUGUACCACCGUCGCCUACGUUCCAGCCCGCCCUGCUGGGUUACAUCAAUCGACAUCGGGACCCAUCGUUUGCGACCAGCUUCCCCGAGGUCGGUAAAUGGCCAAUCCAUGUGCAGGUUUCUCACUAUGCUACGAUAGCGUGUCGGCGACUGGAUCGGAUCGGAAGCUCCGGUAGGAAGCAAGCUAAACGGCCGUCGGAGGAUGAGAUCAAGCAGGCACGGGAACAAAUUUUCCGCGACAGCAUGUUCGGCAAUACGCUUAAUGAGGUGAUGGAACUGCAGAAGGAGCGAUUCCCGGAUCGUCAGCUUCCCUGGAUACAGACAACACUUUCCGAACAAGUGUUACUAUUGAACGGAAAGCAAACUGAAGGCAUUUUCCGAGUCCCGGCCGAUGUUGACGAAGUUAAUAUGCUGAAGAAUUUGAUUGAUCGCUGGGAGUUUCCAGAAAACAAGGGAACGAUGGAUGCUCACGCUCCUGCCAGUUUGCUAAAGCUGUGGUAUCGCGAACUGUACGAUCCGUUGAUUCCGGACGAGCUUUAUGAUGAGUGUGUCCAAACAGAGGACCCCGCUGAAGCGGCCGCUAUUGUAGAAAAGUUACCAAAAAUCAAUAGAUUGGUUCUAACGUAUUUGAUACACUUUUUGCAACAAUUUUCCUUACCCGACGUUGUGGCUAAUACAAAAAUGGAUUCAUCCAAUCUGGCGAUGGUAUUUGCACCCAAUUUGCUACGCUGCCAGUCCCAGGAUCCGAAAGUAAUUUUAGAAAAUGCCCGCAAAGAGAUGACGUUCAUGCGCACUCUGAUACAGCAUAUGGACACAACCAGUGUGACAUAUUUGGUGUAAUAGGAACCAUGGACUACAGCAGCAGAUCAAAAUGGGCAAGGAACCAGAUACUUCAUUCGCUGUUUGCUAAUGCUGGGAUUAAUAAUAGAUUUGCCGCCGGCACUGGUACGGCAGACUUAUUCACGGGUUCAUAAGCGACUUUGCCAUUGCCAAAGUACGUAGCAAAACACUGGCAAUGUUUUACUGUUGAGUAGAAAGUUAUUGCAAAGAGAAGCGAGCGCUCUUGUCGAACAAUAUUAUCAACUUACGAGAGUAUAAAAACCAUAUUUUGUGCAGCAUAAACCCCCUUUUUGGAUAUCGCACUGCGCGUAAGAACGGUGCACAAAUGUGUUUGUGUGUCGCACUGUCUCAUAAACCCUACUACAAAUCUACACCAUUCAAACGGAAAUCGGCCAAAUGGUCUGCACCGUCUGAGCACACAAAUGCUAUGAAAAUAAUAUACACAAACACGAAGGAAAAAUACCAUACAAAUAAACACACACACACACACACAAACAUGUUUUGCCAUGCUGGCUGGUUAUACUUCGUAAAAUGUAACAGUUGAGUCGAGAUCAAAGUCGCUUUUGAGGAUAGCAAAUCAUCGAUGCAUUAUUUAACCGAAAGGCUUCAUAAUGUAAAACGGAAUAAAAUAUUAAAGUUACACACCCAUAAGAAACAUCUUAAACAUCACAAGGCAGCACACAACACCACUCACUCGCAUCCAUACAUGCAUGCUACAAACAACAACUUAAAGGAGGAAGCCACAUGUGUUGGUGCAGAAACUCUAUAGCACAUCGACACACACACUCACACUCACACCAAAAUCUGUGAAAUAUCCUGUUCAGUAAUAUAAAACAUAUGGUAAAAAAUGGAGCUACUAUUAGUAACUGCUUACUGAAAUUAGAAACGAAAAAAGGCCGCAUAAUAACGAAGAAUAAGGUGCAAAUGCUAUUACUUUCAUAAUAAAACAUACCAAAAGCAACAGCAACUGUUGGACCGACGGGUUUAGCAGUGAGCAUCAGAUAGCUUCUAGAGGAAUACGAUACUUCAGAAAACCUUUAAACAACCAUCCGGUUGCGGAAAGCACAAUUUACACAAACGAACUGAAACAUUUAAUGCCCAGCAGAGCGCCUAAUAGGGAAGCAGCAGUAAAAUAACCAAAAUCUGGUACGCAAGACCACAAAACAGAAGCGUGUAUGUGCUCGGUUCACGUCCUCCCAGGAAAGAGGUUUCCGAGUUCACUGCGUUGUUCUGCUUUUUAUUUCACGAAGAGAGUAUAAAGAUUUCAAAAUAGGGCGUGGCUAGGGUUUCAUCAGCAAUUUCCAUCUUGUCAUAUCUGUUACUGUGUUUCAUUGUAAGGUUGGCGCAGCAAGUCGAACGUCGUGGCGUCCUAUUCACGUGGACGCCAGUGGCGAUAGUCCUAUUCACUUGAUAAUCUUAGAAGCUACGCGAUUGUUUUAUACCAAAAUUAAUUAUUAUAUUUCCGAACAGGAGGCAGAUCUGCACGGUAGCUGGUUACGUUCGCUUGCUCUCUCGUUCUUUCUCUAGCUUGGUUAAAUUGUAAGAUUUGUGUAGAUAUAUUUUUAUAAUGCGUUUGUUCGAAACCAUCGAUUUUUACGAAUGAUUUAAGGCGUAUAAGUAAGGCAAUACCAAUGCUCGUGUGUUUUGCGAACGAACGGCGCGUGUGAAUCGGUGCAUAACGUUUUGUUAACCCAAUAGGUCCAGUACAACAAGGGGUAUCUAAUUACGAAUCUUUCUGUCUUUGCUCUCAUCGUGUUGGGAUGCGUGUAACCACCAUCUCUAUGGCCUUUUUCGUGUAACACGUAACGUAGAAUGCAAUACAAACAUGCUCUUGUUCAACCUGCAAAACACAAACACACAAUGGUCGUAGAACGAGAAACCAAUAAUAAUGCGUCCAUGUUGGGGCAACGAGACAUGAGCGAAUCCAUACACUAUUUUAUGCAACAACAUUGCAUCAAGCAAGUUACAAUUAGCAAAACAAACAAACAAACAAACACUGAAGCAGGAAGAUGCAAGCAAAGAAAUAAAGAGCGCCGAACAAAUACUGAGAUAAAAAAGUAUA